AUGUCACAACCAAAUAGUAAUGUAAUCAAUGUAGCGAAUCUAUCGGAUAUCAAUCUGAAUGAACUGCUUGGAAAGAUUGAGAAUAUAGCAUUGAAGAACACAAAGACAAGAGAGAGUUUAGAUCUUCUUAAACAACUAUAUCGUAUAGCAAUAAACUAUUAUACAUUCAACAAGAAUAAAUCAUCGAAUAGCAAUACCAGUAACUCCAAAAAGAGUAAAUCGAAAUCAAAUUCAUCAUCAUCAUCAGCAACCACAUUAAUUUCAUCACUCAAAGUCAAUCCAAUAUUCAUUGAGAAACUUACAACAGUUCUAAUAGAUCCAAAUACACCAUAUAAAGUAAAAUUAUUAUCAUUGUCAAUCAUCGCAAAGAUAUCUGUUGAUGAACCUCAACUAUUACAUAAAAAUUUGAAAACAUUUGAGAAUAAAGUGUUAUCAUUGUUGUUAUCGUUGUUGUUAACCAAUGCAAGUGAAGAGUCGGCAUCGUUGUUGGUCGGUAACAUUCCACUGAUCGUUCAAUCGAUAUCGAUGCAAGAUCCAGUACUGAGACCAUUCUCAAUGCCCUCACUACUGAUAUGUGCUCGUUACUUUAAUGAUUCAAUCUCCAACUCUCAGAUAAAGUCAAUCGAAACACAAUUGAGUCAAUAUCUAUCACAUGCAUCGUUAGUAUCAGAUCAAAAGCAAUCAUCGACAGGAUUUUUCAAGAUCGGUGCAAGUACUGGAGCUUCACCUGUUACCGAGUUAGAUGGAUCCGUUUCAAUUGAAUUCUUUACGGUUUUGAAUAAUGCACAGGUUUAUACUGAAGAUCAAUCAUUCAAUAUCUAUUCAUUCUCAUUAUUAUAUACAUGGUUAACAAAUCUUUAUAAUCCUAAUAAUAAUAAUAACAACAAUAACAAUAGUGGUAAUAAGUUAAAUUCAGAAUCACCACCUGUUACACCAAGACAAAUUGAUAGUAAUAACAAUGAUCAACAACAACAACAACAACAACGUGUUUUAAAUUCAAAUUUUCAAUCAACGAUUGUAUCAUAUUGUUUAAGAAUAAUCGAUCAGUCUAAAUUGAAACCACCUGGCACUGACACAAAGAUAGACUCUAUCGAUAAUCUAUCUGUAAUAGCAUUGUUGGAAUCGAUUAGAAUACUCGAUUUCUUGUGUUGUUGCGAUGUCAAUCUUGUACCAAAGAUCUUCCCAACCGUUCAGAAAGCAUACCAAUUGCAUCUGCCAUCCAGUCGUACCACCAAUGCCAACUCUGGACACGUACUACUUUCACUCCUACAGUUCUUUGUCAAUCACAGUCAUACACUCAUCUAUGAUCCAGAACCACUAUUCAGAGCAUACUUUCAAACCUAUCUACCAAGAACAUCAUGGUCACCUCAAAGUUAUAUUGGUGAGUUUUCAGAGUUAUUACCAUCACUCGUUUCACCAUCUACCUUUGUAGAGGUGUUCCAUUUGUUGUUGGAUCUGCCAUUGUUGACGUCAUCGAUGGAGUCAGUGUUGGUGGAACAACGAAAGUUUGCAUCGAUGGGCAGUGUCGAUGUCGGUGAUGUCAAUGAUACUGCUUGGAGUGAGUAUCGUGUACUUUACAAUUACUUGUUGCGUAACGAGAGUGGUCUGGUGACUGAGGGUCGUCUGGCCAGCGACAUCGUGCAGUCGCUCGUUUGGAUAAUCGGUGAGUACGCUUCGCAGUCGAUAUGUCCAGAGAUUAGCUCUGCGGUGUUCAACGACUAUCACGAAGCACUGGAGCUGCUCACCUACGAGAAGAUCAAUCUCAUCAAGAUGGAGUCGUUGUCUGGCGCGUCGCAGUCGUCGCUCACCCUCGGAACGGCUAAUCCGCGCGACAUGAUAUCGGCCACCUCCUCGAGUGCGCUACUCACUGGCGCCUCAUCGAUGUCGUCAACCAACAGCAGCACCGCCGCCGCGACCACCACCAGUAGUAACAUGCCAUUGGAAUCGAUCACCAUGAUGCUCGUACUGAUUUCUUCACUCACCAAGAUUGCAUCGCGUUGGCCAGAAGCGACUUCACGUGUCAUCCUGUGUCUACUCAAAGUUCUCAGCUACCACCAGUACUUUGACAUUCAGGUGGUAUCACGUGCAAACGAGUGUAUUUCACUCUUGAAAUUCCCUAGUUUUACAACGGCAGUCUAUGACUGUGCACCUCCAUCCAACAAAGACAUCUACACCAAGCCGAUCUCUCACGACAACCACUCUGCACUUUCAUUCCUUCUUCACGAUCCCACCAAAGAGUAUCCAACCAACAAUUCCAUACAUCCAUAUAUUCUCACACAAACACAACAACAAUCCAUCGUCAGUACAUCUACAACAUCAUCAACUCUACAAUCAAGCAAUCUAAGUGUUUAA